UUUUCAGGUGUCGACAUGGCUGAACAUAAUAAACUAUUAAUUGCUUUGAUGAUUAUCACGACUAUUGUAAAGAUUAUCACAUAUGCUGUGAAUGGAAAUAUCAGUUCAGACAUGUUCAACAAUACCACAGAUACCAAGUACGCCACCGAUAUAAUACCAGCUGAUUGGACGAUUAGUAUCUGGGGAUUUAUUUACGCAUGGCAAGUUGCGUGGCUUCUGUUCGCUUUAAUCCAUAUCUUCCGGAAAACAGUUGAUGGACCUGCCUAUGCCAAUCCAAUAAUCCUAACCCCGAUUUUCUACAUUGCAUACAUCUUCAACAUGGUUUCCAACAUCGCUUGGGUAUUUUUGUAUAGAAAUGAUUAUAUUAUAUUGGCAUUCGUUGCUUACAUUCUACUCUGCGCUUUACUUUAUAUAUGUUUAUUCAUAGUUUACAAAAACCUGUAUCAAAAUGGGACCCUGCUACAAAAACAGGGACGGAACGUCGAAAUUUGGAUGCAUCGUUUGUUGGUACACAACGGUCUUGGAAUAUACGCAAGCUGGGCAACUAUAGCUACAGUUGUAAAUGCCGUCGUAGUUAUGAUGUACGGCGCGUCGCCAGGCGUAGAGAGAGUCCAAGCUGGAACUGUAGGUCUGGGUAUUUUUUCAGCCGGACUAGGGAUGUUUUUUGUCUCGGAUUUAUUUUUUUUGGACAAGUAUUCCAGAUACACUCUCACUCCAUAUAUGAUGAUUUGUAUUGCUCUAGGUGGCAGCGUUGAUAAACAUUGGGACGAAACAAAAACCAAUUCUAUAUUUACUGCGGUACUAUUGGCAAUCGCGUGUAUUUGUGCCGUUGUCAAAGUUUUAUUGAUGAUUUAUCGCCAUAUCCAUAAACCUUUAUACCCAAGAACAGAAAUCGCCCCAACCAUACCUGACACGAAAGUGUAAAAAACAUUGUUAUUACAGAAUCCUUUGACGUCAUUUCAGAUUUUUCAUUCACUUUAUAGUUAAAUCAAUCUGACCCUAUAUCGUUUCGUUUUUAAUAGUUCAAAAUUUGGUUUUACUUGUCUUCACAACACUAGUAUAUGAAAGAUAUGUUAAAUAACCCGCGUCCUGGGUGAUGUAUAAAAACGAAACGAAAUAUAGAUCUGUAUUUCAAUCAGCUUGCAGUUAGAUCAAUAAUCUCGCAGUAAAAGAUGACUGCGUUACAUCGUCAGCGGGUAUCUUUUUUCACUGUCAUGCUACAUUGGGGUGAAUAAAUUUCAUAUUUUGCCAAAGUUAGU